UCGUGAAGUAUCUCCCUUUGUAGGACUUCCGCUCCAACACAUUCCUUUCUUUUCACGGACUUCGUAAGUUUGCUCAAACAGCGUUACGUACAAUGCAGUUGACUGUCACGACGCUUUCAGACCAAAUUUUUUCUCUGGAGGUUGGAGAAGAUCUAGAUUUGGCGAGUUUCAAAGCACUGUGUGAAUUAGAAGUCGGUGUUCCCGCGCACGAAAUCGCAAUUCUUUGGAAGGGGCAACCACUGUACGAUGACAGGUUAACUUUGAAGCAGUACGGGAUCGGCGAUGGCGAUAUGCUUCUCUUACAGCAAAUUACUGGGCAGCUUGGACAGAGACAUGAUUGGGGAGGACAUCGUCAAUCGUCAGGCUUACCUAACAUAGACUUCAGCUCAAUUCAGCUACCAGGGAUAAGUGGACGCCAGCAGCAACUUUCUUCUGAGCCUGACCCAGAAACUAUCAGAUCAAUGUUUCUAGCAGACCCUCAUCAGCUUGCAUUGUUGAAAGAACGCAACCCUACUCUGGCAGAAGCAUUAAAUGACCCGGAGAAAUUUAGCAAAGUGUUUAACGAGCAGCAGGCAGAGAGGAGGCGCCUUGAGAGAGAACGCCAUGCACUUUUUAGUGCAGACCCUUUUGAUCCUGAGGUACAGAAACGCAUUGCAGAAGAGAUCAGAAUGAAAAAUGUAGAGACCAACAUGGAGACUGCAAUAGAGUUUGCACCUGAAAGUUUCGGGCAAGUUGUUAUGCUGUACAUAGAUUGUAUGGUUAACGGCCAUCCUGUCAAAGCUUUUGUUGACUCAGGGGCACAAAUGACCAUCAUGAGUCAAGCAUGCGCAGAACGAUGUCACAUCAUGCGGCUUGUUGAUCACCGAUGGGCAGGGAUUGCUAAAGGUGUUGGAACACAGAAAAUCAUUGGAAGAGUGCAUCUGUGUCAGAUUCAGAUUGGGCCAGUUUUCUUUCAGUCUUCUUUCUCCAUUUUAGAAGAUCAGCCAAUGGACAUGUUGCUUGGACUGGAUAUGUUGAAACGCCAUCAGUGCAUCAUUGAUCUGCGAAAGAACAUGUUAGUCUUUGGGACAACUGGUACAGAAACUCCAUUUUUGAGUGAAUCUGAGUUGCCUGUUCAUGCUCGCCUGAACAUGAAUCACAAUUCAACAGACGAAGACCAAGACCUGGCUCGGGCAAUAAUGCAGUCAGAACAGACAGCUGGCUCAAGGCCACAGCCAGCAGGAGCCUCUUCUGUAAAUGCUGGUGCCUCAACGUCAGUGCAACAACCAGUACCAGGCCCUUCACACUCUGGAUCUUCUGCAUCCACACUGACAUUUUCAGAAUCUUCCAUAGCCAAACUUAUGAAUUAUGGGUUUUCUCGAGCUGCUGUGAUGGAAGAACUUCGCCGAGCACAUGGUAAUGCUGAUCAGGCCUUGGCAGCUUUAUUAGCCAAAUCUUUGAAUUGGAGUUAAAAGUGCAUGUACCUGUGUAAUUGUGCGUGUGGGAGUGAAUGUAUGUGAUAUACACAGAAGCUGGGAAAAGUGGCCUAGUGCAUUCAUAGACCAGCUUUUUCCAUUCUGUUGUGAUGAUGUGAACAGAUUUUCAUGACUUAUCAUGACUACAACAGUGUAUAAAUGAUGCUGGCUGGCUACCAUUUAAUACACAAGGUCUUCGGGUAAAGGGUGUAGGUCAAAUUCAACUUGCUGAAAUGAGGAAAGGUUGUGAAAGAGAACCUUUGCCCUUGAUAAUGGAAUAAUUAUUGCCUGUCUCAGCUGACUUUAUUUUCAAAUAUUAAAAGUUGGAUAUUUUUUGUGCAAAGUGACAUACAUCUUUGGAAGUACACCUUAUUUCUAAAAACUUUAAUUUGCUUCAGUAGUAUCUAAAUUGUGUAUUAUUGAAAAUGAUGCAGCCCUGGGUAGUAAGAAAUAAUGAUUAAAAAGAAGAUGCAUUAUCAAGUAUUGCCUUUGUGUGAUGAGCUGUGCCUGAACAAUGCACUAUCUUUGAGGCAAAAAAGACAACUGAUUAUAGAUACCUCUGAAGAAAGGGAAUUGAAAAAUAAAAUGCAAGAAUGUUUAAUUUUAGGAAAAAGACUUAAACAGAAUUGGCAACAUUUAACAAACAGCAUGUUUUCCCUCUUGUUGCGGCCCUAUGCUCCUCGAGGAGUAACAAAGACUAAGCUUUGUUUUUCCCUGAACUUUGUACAAACAAGACUAUUUGGCAAUACAAUCCAUGAUAACCUUUGGUUGAACAAAAAAAAAAAACCCAAUGUUUAUAGGCAAAAGAUAUUUGCUCUAUUUUCUCUAAUAGCUACUUUUAAAAAAUAUCCAGAGCAUUACAAAUAUUUGGGAUGAUGGUGUCACAGCCUAUAUGCUCAGAACAAGAAAUCAUGCCAAGUUUUUGCAGGCUAUACGACUUCUACAUAAUACAGAAUAUGAUAGGAAAAAAGCAAAACUUAACAGGCAUAUCAAAAAAGAAAGAUGAAUUCCUGUAGUAAUGCCAGAUUUUUGUUUCCUUGAUCAGGAUGGGUUGAUUUAAGCUUCCAGGUGAAAACAGUUUAUUAUUCAGAUGCCCCCUUAAGACUUUUUCUAAGAACACAUUUAUUAAGAACACAUUUAUAAAUUGUUGGCAAUUCAAGAUGCUACUUCAAAUUCAUUUUGACUAGAGCUGCAGUGAGUGGUGUGGUUUUGGUACUGCCAGAAAAACGGUUACCCAUAUAAACUCUCACAGCACAGAUUUUUUCAUUUAUUAAAAGGAUUUUGUCCUGAUUGCUAACGUUAAGUAGGGCUAGGGACUGAAUGCUGCUGCAAAAAUUCAGGAGUACCUCCAGCAAUUUUGCUUUGCAGCUCAUGCAAUAGUUAAUGUGCAGUUUCUGCUGGGUCACAUUGUCCAAUAAAUAAUACUAGACAUAAUUUGUACCAAGCUGCAUUUUGGCAGUGUGUCAGGUGGAAUCAUUCCGUAAAACCUUUGUAUGUCUCGAGUCAGGACUGGUGCACUGGCUUUAAACUGGCAUUAUCUCGUUUUCUUCUAACUUUAUGGGGUAUUACAAGACAACAAAAGGAGUGGGUGGGGUUGAGUUGAUGUGACAUGGACAUUUCUGUCUGUAAUGGUGGAACUGAGACACUGAUGUCUUGUUUUUGUUAAGGCUGCUGUUUUUUUGUUUUUUUUUUGUUUGUUUUUUUAAGCGAGUCCCAGCACACUCAUUUUUAUUCAGAGCAUGACAGCCAACAUUUGAGCAAAGAGCAGAAACUGAAGCAAGGUUCAAUCCAUGUUAGUAGCUUUUUUCUUGGUGUGAAGAUGAUGAGAUAUUCCACCCUUUUGACAUUCUGCAGUUGCUUUCUCAUAUGUUCCUUGGCAGUGAGCUGAGUCUUUGAAUCUUAAUGGGAAAAAAUCUUUAGAUCUUAAUCUGGUUUAUCAGGGAAGGUUGAAGGUAGUGGGAGACUUUUUAACAUGUUAUCAAAGCCACUUCAUGGUUGUGGUUUUUGGCUUUUUAAUGCAUCCUAAUCAGAUUUAAAACUCGUACAGAAUAAAUGGAAGAGCUUGUCUUUGUAAGUCAAGCAGCAGGGUCUGUUGAAAUCUGGUUUUAAGAAAAGGUUUAGAAAAAUAUCUUUUAUAAGCUGCCAGUUGGAUAAUAGGUACCAGAAAAAUAGCUUUCAUGAUUUAUUUUCUAAGACAAUGUUAUUUUUAUAAUAUAAACAUUUUAUUAUAAUAGUAUUAAAGAGCUGUUUGUCACAUUGUGUUAAAAAAAUCUGAACAAAGCUUUGGUCCCUUAAAUUUUAGGUGUUAUUAUGAGUUUUGAAACUUUAUAAAUUAUUUACAAAUGUUUGCCUGAACUGAUAGUUUUGAUCGAAGGUAUAUGGCAAUCUUAUAAGCAUUCCUCUACAUUUUAUUUUUAAAGGCAGAACUUUUACUAUCCAGCAGGAAAGAAUGGAUUCAAUCUGGUAGAGGGAGGUCAGGCCAGAUGGAAAAGAACCAUUUGGGUAGCCAAGCAGUUUAUGUGCACCUCAUCUCCCUCCAUUGGAUUGAAUCAUUUUUUUCUCAUCAUAAGCUUAAAGUUCAGUCUUUCAAAGUUUGUUGUGAAUGCUGAUAAAGGGUCAACACUUCACAUGUUUAGAGGUGUUCUAGUGUGUUUUUCACUCACUAAAGUGUCUAUUGAUGUUUUGCAAUAUGUCUGUGGUAAGAUUUGAGUAAAGGCAAACAUCUUAUUUUUGUCCUGCAUAAGAAAAGUCUUAUGGUUGUGGGAGUGUGCGAGACAAACAGGUAAUUGGGUCUCUAUAGUAGCUUGAGUUCUAUGACUUGAAAACACUGCCACCUCUUUCGUGCACAUAACCUGCAUGCCUGAUUUUCUUACUUGCUCAGUUUUGGUGAAAAUAAAAUGUUGGCUUUGUC